AUGUCCAGCCCUAGACACCCACCAUCGAGUCCUCGUUAUAUUCCCAAAAUGGAGCAACAUCAUUAUAGCUGGGACGAGGGUACUAACGGCAGCAAACCGUUGCAUGGUCAAAAUCAAACAUCAGUUAAGGUUCCAAUUCGUGCAUCAUCAUCACCACUACCGUACAAAUGUCCCAAACCACCCAGAAACUUUCAAGUACAAAUUGGUGGUAAUCCAUAUGAGUCAGGUGUUAAGACAUCAUCGCUGCCACAACGCAGCCCAUCAGUACGUAGUAAUUAUAGUUGCCAAAGUAGUUAUUCGGAUGCUGCUUCCUCAUCUUCGCUGGGAAGUAGUCGUUCAAGUAGUCGCGAUAAUCCUCCACGUAGUCCCAAGAUAACAACCACUUUUGCCAAUGACUGUAGUGAUGAUGGUGGACAGUCGUCGGUUUCCUAUUAUCAUACGCCUACUUCUGGAGCCCGCAGUCCUAAGGGAGUAUUUUCGAAAGAAAACUCUAUGGAUUCACCAUCUUGUCUGCUGUAUAGUGGCAGUCAGACUCCCGUGUCACCACGCCGUAGUCCUCAUGCAGCUCGUAGUUUUGUUUUUGAAGCCAUUAGUCCAGUAAUGGAUUCUCCUAGUCGAAAAUUUGAAUACUAUGAACCAGUUUCACCGGACGAUGAAGGUGAUGAUGCUGAAAAUGGCUAUGAAACACAAUCGCAACCACCGCCCCUAUCGCCCAAAUUGUAUGAACAUAGAAGACAGAGUUCCAAGAAAAUGAUACGUUCAACGCCCGUGGAUCAAUUAACCAGAUUUAGCAGUACAAAUCAAUCGUGUAAACGCAGUGAUGAAUGGGAAAUGACGGUGUCAUCAAAUGCGGGUACUGACUAUCAAGGCUUAGGUGUUAACAAUUAUUACAUGAAACGAGAUUCAUGUGUUACCGAGUGUACGCAACUGUCUGUUGAGUCAGAAACGAGUACUUUAGCUACAACAACCACAUCUUUUAGUUACUCUGAUACCUCCACAAGACAAACGUCAUCGGAUCAGGCACAAGACUUGAGUCCCCUAGUAGAGCCUAGUGCAGCCGCACGCAAACGUAGACAUGCCAUAAAUAUAACUUCAAAUCCCGGUUAUCAGGUUCUACAUAGCUCACACUCUACUUUGGAUCGUACUUGUUCGGAUAGUGUGGUAUCUUUACGUUACCGAAAAUCCACUAGUGAUUUAACUCAAGAUUCUGAAAACGAUAGAAAUAAACACAAACAUGUUGGCGAAGCUACAACACCCACAGCCGGUAGCUAUAAACCACGACGACGUGGCAGCUCAAAGGGAGGUUUAGCCUAUUUAGCCAGUCGUCGUAGUUCACGUGAAUCUAUGAAAAGCGCCUGCUCAAAUGCUUCGUUGGUGUCGAAUGAUGAUAUUGGCCCUUUGGCAUUUCAGGCAUCGAAUCGUGGUCGUCAACGUAGAACUUCAAAUUUUCUAGAACUACCAGUACCCGAUCAUUUUAGACCACGUGUUUGUUCCCUACCAGACCGUCCCUAUAAUCCUCGAGUUAGUGAUGAUUUAUAUCGUUUGCGUCAUUUUUCGAUAAGCAAAGGAAAUGUGGUAAAUUGUGGCGAUUCGAUUAUAUCCAGACGUUCACGCAGUAAUACAAGUGUUAAUUCUACAAAUAGCCGUGCUAGUGAAAGAUCUCCCUUUGAGGGUUCUUGCUGUGGCGGUGGUUAUGCUAAUGUCGACUCGGUACCCGCAUCUCCAGAAGAAGAUGAUGACUCAGAAAAUUAUGAACCUCCGCCACCACCACGAUAUCGUGUUGUUAUGUUGGGCGAUGCAGGUGUUGGAAAAACGGCUCUAGUCAAUCAAUUUAUGACAUCGGAAUAUAUGCAUACCUACGAUGCCAGUCUAGAUGAUGAAUUUGGGGAGAAGACGGUUAGCAUAUUGUUGGAUGAUGAAGAAUCGGAAUUGGUGUUUAUUGAUCAUCCCAGUGUGGAAAUGAGUGUUGAGAAUUCAUUGUCAACAUAUGAACCCCAUGGAUGUGUUAUAGUUUUCUCCAUUGUAGAUAAGGCUUCAUUUCGCGUGGCAGAGGAAAUAAUAAAUUAUUUGUGGCAGGAAAAUUAUACUAAAGAUAAAGCUGUAAUUCUAGUCGGCAACAAAGCGGAUUUAGCUCGCUCCAGAGUUAUAACGUCCCAGGAGGGAAAAUCAUUGGCGGCCUCACGCGAUGCUAAAUUCAUAGAAACGUCCAGUGGCAUUCAACAUAAUGUAGAUGAAUUACUUGUUGGCACUUUGAAACAGAUGCGUCUCAAAGAAUCACGUGAAAAGAAGGCCUCUUCGAAAAUGAAAACUUCCCGUACCCAUAUAUCUUUGCAAAUGGCAAAAGAAAUUCUUCACAAAAUUUGCCUUAGUGACAUUUCGAAAUCCAAGAGCUGUGAAAAUCUUCAUGUUUUGUAA